CGAGCAUGACGGCAAACUUUAAAUGAGCAGAAAUAAAUGAUUUGUGGUUUUCUCUGUUUAUGGCUGGCCUGAAUGACGCCCAAAGCACUGACGAUGUGGACAUAGUAGAACAAUAUAAAAGAGACUUCCUCCUGUGGGAAAUAAGAAGAUCAGAUUAUAACCCAUCACACAAGAGUGAAGAUGACAUGGUACACCACCAACUUCCACAACACUGCUGAGAUGGACACACCUAACAGGGUAAGACCUUUCAGGAAGACUGUGGUGUUCAUGUUGAUACUGCUGCUUGCCCAGCUGGGAUGUAGCACGCAGAGUGUGUCUGAGUGCUGCAGACAGCCAGCGCAGUCCUGUCGCCUACAGGUCCUGCUGUGUCGUUCUGGCAAGAAGAGCAUAGGGGGAACCAUCGCAGGAGACGCAGCCGCUGGAAUCCUCACCCUGGGUAAACGGAACGAGGAUGAGUUACAUUUGCAGAGCAGACUCCAUCAGCUUCUUCAUGGCCGCAAGAACCAAGCAGCUGGGAUACUGACUAUGGGAAAGAGGACUGCACAGAGGGAUAGGGAGCAAUAAACAGAUUGACUGAGUCUGUCAAAAAAACCCCACAAUUGUAACACUUUUGCCUGGGUAAACAAUGUUCAUACAAUGUUUAGAGAAAAUAACAUCUAUAUAUAUAAAAAUGACAAUCAAAGGAUUUUCUUUAAACUGUUUCUUUUUGAAAACAAUGUCAUAGAGAUUAAGAAAUGUGUGGUGAUGUAAUUCAAAGUUUAAGCUGAUGACAUCUUUAGUAAAGUAUUGAAAACUAAAAAGAACUUGUCAAUAUGUGUUGACAAGAAUAACUUGCUAUA